CCCAAAAAAAUAUGAACCAAACAGAAAACAGAAAAAGAUAGAGAGAGAGACAGAGAGAGAGAGAGAGAGAAGAAAAUACUCUGUAUCGUCGAAUUCUUGUCUCUCACAUUCGCACCAUUUCUGAUCUGUUGCUCUCCCUCUCUCACUCAUGGAAACCAUUCUCUCUCCUCACUCCUUCUGUCCUCUCUUCAACCCCAAAACCCCCUCUUCGAAGUCCCUUCUCUCCCCCUCUCUGCAACCCAGAUCAAGCCCUCCCCCUAUAAUCAAACCCAUUAGUUGUAGCCUCAGAAAACAACCUCAUGAAUCACUCAAUCAAUCUUUCCCAAUACCCAAAAGUUGGUUUUCUCAUGUGCAGCAUGGAUUGGCAGCUCUUGCCAUCUCUCUAGCACUGAAUUUCUGCCCAAUUCUGCCCACUGGUCCUGCAUCAGCAUCUGAAUUUGAUGUACUAAACGAAGGUCCACCACAAGAAUCAUACGUUGUUGAUGAUGCGGGUGUGCUCAGUCGGGUCACGAAAUCUGAUUUGAGGCGAUUGUUAUCGGAUUUGGAGUCGAGGAAGAACUUCCAUAUUAAUUUCAUCACUGUUCGGAAGCUCACAAGCAAAGCUGAUGCAUUUGAGUAUGCUGACCAAUUAUUGGAGCGGUGGUAUCCGACCGUUGAAGAAGGGAACAACAAGGGGAUUGUAGUGCUUGUAACCAGCCAAAAAGAAGGUGCAGUCACUGGCGGCCCUACGUUUGUCCAGGCUGUGGGUGAUACUAUUCUUGAUGCCACUGUAUCCGAGAACCUUCCAGUCUUGGCUACAGAAGAGAAGUACAAUGAGGCAGUUUAUAGCAGUGCAAAACGGCUAGUUGCUGCCAUUGAUGGACUUCCGGAUACUGGUGGGCCAUCGUUCAAAGACAACAAAAGAGAGCCCAACUUCAAAACCAGGGAAGAGACUGAAGAGAAGCGUGGACAGUUCAGUCUUGUAGUUGGAGGUUUGCUAGUGAUCGCUUUUGUCGUUCCCAUGGCACAAUACUAUGCUUAUGUCUCCAAGAAAUGAGUUGUAUCCAAGAAAUGACUCUACAAAAACAUUUAAAACUUUGUACAAAUGGUCAUGCAAAACGAGUGAUUGAUGAGAAAUUUGCAAUUAUAGAAACUAAUUUUUGACUUGUGUGUUGAAUAUGCAGGUCAGAUUUGAGUUGAUUUUGAU